UCUUCUUCGUUGAGGCAGGGGAGCAGCUAGCCAUGGAAGCCAGACAGAGCAGCAGCAUAAGAGUCCUAAUGAUGCCAUGGCUAGCCCAUGGUCACGUCUCCCCCUACCUGGAGCUCGCCAAGAAGCUUGCAGAAAGAAACUUCAUCGUCUUCUUCUGCUCAACGCCCAUCAAUCUCACCUCAAAUAACAAGAAGCUCAGCGGUAUGUCUGAUAAUCCAAAAUACUCCGGAUCCAUCCACCCAGUCGAGCUCCACCUUCCAUCCUCGCUGGAGCUUCCCCCCCAACACCACACCACAAAAGGCCUGCCGCCCCGGCUGAUGCCAGCCCUCAAACAAGCUUUUGACGCAGCCAGCCCUGGCUUCUCCGCCCUCUUGCGGACCCUGAAUCCGGACGUGGUUGUUUACGACUUCAGCCAGAAAUGGGUGGCUGAUUCCGCUUCGUCGCUCAACAUUCCGGCCGUCCAGUUCCUAACCCUGAGUCCAUCUUUCGUCUCUUUUUUCCUCCAUCUCUGUGAAAACCCUGGCGAAGGAUUCCCUUUCCCGGAAAUUCAUGUUCCGGAAUACCUUCAAGAUAAGCUCAAAGCCUUUGUGCGCAGUGGAGACCCGGAGAUGGUUCGUUUCGUUGAGAGCCUGAAGAAAUCCAGCGACCUGGUUUUGAUAAAAAGCUCGAGAGAGAUAGAGGGAAAGUACAUGAAUUAUCUCUCGUCUUUAGUCGACAAAAAGAUUCAACCGGUUGGGAUGCUGGUUCAGGAUCCGGUUGAUCAAGAAGGGGACGAAGAAGAGAUCAUGGACUGGCUCAAGAACAAAGAAGAAGCCUCCACUGUAUUCGUCUCUUUCGGAUCCGAGUACUUUCUCUCCACUGAAGAGAUUGAAGAGAUAGCUCUUGGGCUGGAGCUCAGUUCGGCCAACUUCAUCUGGGUUGUCCGGUUCCUUUCCAGCGAGAAGAUUAGUGUUUCAGAAGCAUUAUUGCCAGAAGGAUUCAUCAAGAGGGUUGGAGAGAGAGGAAAGAUCGUUCCAGGCUGGGCGCCACAGGCGAAGAUCCUGAAGCACCCGAGCAUUGGAGGGUUCGUGAGCCAUUGCGGAUGGAAUUCGGUUCUUGAAAGCAUGUCAUUCGCCGUUCCGAUCGUGGCUUUGCCGAUGCAUCUCGACCAGCCAUUGAAUGCGAUAUUGGUUGAGGCGAUUGGGGUUGGUUUGGAGGUCAUAAGAGACCGGAGUGGGAAGAUCAAUGGAGAAGAGCUGGGUAGGGUUAUAAAGCAGGUGGUGGUGGAGAAGAAGGGGAUUCAAAUGAGCUGUAAAGCCAGGGAGUUGAGAAAGAAGGUCGCCAUGAAAGAGGACGAAGAGAUGGAUGAGGCUGUUCAAGAAUUGGUCAAGCUUUGUGAGAAGAUGAAGUAAAACACUCUUUUUUAAGGCUUAUAACUUUUUAAUUAAUCUUUGAUAAUUAGCGUGGAGAAUAUAUAUACUUAUCCAACUACUAAUUAGCGUGGAGAAUAUAUAAAUCACGAGUCAACUCAAUAAACUCCAUCAAUGGCUUCUUCAUCAAUAAAAUGUCUCAAUCAUUCCUUCCUAUUUCGUUGAGAUCAUUUUCCUUA